AUGACACUCGCGCCUGCCCCCCGUUACUCCAGCGGUCGUCGUGUUUUUACGAGACGGCAAAAUAGCUUUGCUCGUUGGCCCGGAUCUUCGGGGCCGGGCCGCGGCUACAUUAUUCUCCAUCGAGAAGGCUUUCCCGUGUCACCACCUCUACCACCUCCACAUUUAUCACCUCCACCUUUACCACCUCCACCUCUAUCACCUCCAUCUCUCCUACCUCCAACUCUACCACCUCCACCUCUAUCACCUCCAUCUCUCCUACCUCCACCUCUACCACCUCCACCUCUAUCACCUCCAUCUCUCCUACCUCCACCUCUACCACCUCCACCUCUAUCACCUCCACCUCUCCUACCUCUACCACCUCCACCUCUAUCACCUCUAUCACUUCCACCUCUAUCAUUUCCACCUCUAUCAUUUCCACCUCUAUCACCUCCACUUCUAUCACCUCCACCUCUUCCACCUCCACCUCCAUCACCUCCACCCUGCUUUCUGACUGUUGGUCUUUUGAAUUGA